CUGACGCAGUACAUAUGCAUUGAUGGCUCAUCGCUGACGAACAAAUCCAUACCGUUUGAGGAUACGGAACGAUUUGCUAGCAAUAAACUGACGCAAGUUGUUUUCCGCUCCGAUUCUUUGCAACGGGAUCGACGUCCACCAAAAGCCCCAGACAGUCAGUAUACCACGGAGUUUCAAAGUGAUGAAGAAAUCAGUGCCUGUCCGCACAUUGUUCAACAUCAGCCAGCAAAUAUCACACCCACCACCGAUUGUCAAUUCUCACCGGGGGCUCUUCCAACAACUUCGGAUCGCGUAGAUCCAGUACGCGCCACAGAACGCUGUCACUUCAAAUUGCCGGUCAGUAAGAAACGGCAGCGCAAACGAAAACCGCACACAGGUCUACUGGAAGAACUUCGUGUUCCGUCUUCCGUUUUGUCUGCAUGUCUUCUCAUUGUGGUUCUACUGCUUACCUUUGGAAUUAUUAUCGCAUUCUGUGUGAUCAAUGCAGACAAACUGAUGAUAUGUAAAACUCGAAGUCGAAAACGCAAGGAACGGGAAGCAGCUUUAGCUUCAGAAUUGGCCGAACAAGCUGCCAAAGAAGCCGCAGCUGCUGCAGCGGCUGCAGAUUCUGAGUCGCGACAACCAAUCGCUUGGCAUCCGAUAUAUGGUCGUUACGGGAUGGUACCACCAACCAUGGGUGGAGCGUUUGGUGCGUUUGCCGCGCGAACUAUGGAAGUUCCUCCAAAUCAGCCAGGCGGGAUGAGUGUGAUGCAAACGGGAAACCCCGCUACGAUGCCACGUCCAGGACCAGGACCUGGCUAUACUGGACAGAUGGGUGGUCAGAUGCAGUGA